AUCUCGUUCCUCAAAUAUAUUUUCUUCCUCCUCUCCUUCUGAUUCUUCAAUAAUGAACGGUGUCAAUUCAAAUACAAUUCAGAUCAUCGGCGCCGAUGGUGGCAUUGGAACACUAAAACGGCCACUUGAUUCGGAAAUAUUGGAUGGAGAUCUCAUACCGACGAAGAAAUCAUCAGAAGUCGGCGAUUUAAACAUGGGUGAUUCAGAUAAAAUAACCGAUAUUUAUCCAGUACCAGAGAAAGUAGUUGGACUAGUUAUUGGAAAGGGUGGCAGCGAGAUCCGUCUCAUCCAGCAAACAUCAGGAUGUCGUGUUCAAAUGGAUCCUGAUCAUCAAUCUGUCAAUGGAUUCCGAAACUGUACUAUUGAAGGACCACCAGAUCAAGUCGCGGUUGCCAGACAAAUGAUCACUCAAGUUAUCAACCGUAACCAAACUGGAGCUCAGCCUGGUGCAGCACCUGGUGAGGUUACCGAAGAAAUGCUCAUUCCUGCUGAUAAAAUUGGUCUCGUAAUUGGAAAAGGAGGAGAAACAAUUCGAAUCGUUCAGGAGCAGUCUGGAUUGCGAAACUGUAAUGUGGUUCAGGAGACUACCACUGCAACUGGCCAGCCGAAGCCACUUCGAAUGAUUGGAAGUCCUGCAGCAAUUGAAACUGCAAAAGCAUUGGUUCAUAACAUUAUGAAUAACACUCAAGGAAAUGCUCCGUUGCUUCAAAGAGCACCUCAUCAACCUUCAGGACAGUUUGGUGGUGGCUACGGAGCACAGGAAGCCCAAGCAAAAGGCGAGGUUAUUGUUCCUCGUCUGUCAGCAGGAAUGAUUAUUGGAAAAGGAGGAGAAAUGAUCAAGCGACUGGCAGCGGAGACUGGAACGAAAAUUCAAUUCAAACCAGACACCAACCCAAACUCGGAGGAUCGUAUCGCAGUGAUAAUGGGAACGCGUGAUCAAAUCUAUAGAGCUACGGAAAGAAUCACUGAAAUUGUCAACCGAGCCAUCAAAAACAAUGGGGCACCACAAGAUCGCGGAUCAGCUGGAACUGUUCUUCCAGGUCAAUCAAUAUUCUAUAUGCACGUACCUGCUGGAAAGUGUGGAUUGGUCAUCGGAAAAGGCGGAGAAAACAUCAAACAGAUUGAACGUGAAACUGGAGCCACUUGCGGUUUGGCACCUGCCGCGGAGCAGAAGAACGAGGACGAAAAAGUGUUCGAAAUUAAAGGAAGUCAGCUCCAAAUUCAUCAUGCUUCACAUCUCGUUAGAAUCAAGGUUGGAGAAAUUUCUCCGAACACUCCGGUUCCUCCACUUCAAGGGGCUGGUGGUGGAUAUCAACAACAGCAGGCGAUGUUCAGUGCCGGAACUCAAAACGGAGGAUAUCAAAGCACAGGAGGAUUCAUUCAACAGCAGCAGCAACCACAGUUCCAACAUCAACAACAACAAUGGGCUCCACAAAAUGGAGGAGGAGUUCAACAACGUCUUCCAACAGAAAUGUAUCAGAAUCCUAUGCAACAACCACAAGCCAGUGUCAUUCCACAAGCAAGUGCUGAUCCCGCACCAGCUGUCAAUCCAGCGACAGGAGCUCCUGAUUAUUCAGCGCAGUGGGCUGCAUAUUAUCGAUCGAUAGGUCUUGUCGAACAAGCUGCAAUGGUAGAGAGUCAGAUGCGCCGUAACCAGUCCAACACUGCACCUCUCGGUGACGUGUCUGGUGUUCCACAAUCGCAGCAGCCGUACUAUCCCCAGUGAUUCAUUUUUCAUCAUAUAACUUUUUCAAGUUUACUUCAAUUUUCUAUCCUAAAUUAUUCACCCUUAAUUUUUAUUUUUCCUCUUUCCCUUUCAACCCGUUUUCCGUGAAUUGUGCCGAUCUCGUUUCGCCGUUCCCCUAAUUUGUUUUCUUUUCGUCGUUUCUUUAGUAUUUUAUGAAUCUUUUCACCUUCACA